AUGCCUCGAAACAACGCGGCACAAGAGUCAAGAGAUAAUCGAUGCCCGGGUCGAUUCGACCCAUAUCUGGUUCAGUCUACGCGAUCCGAUCGCCGGAAUGCAACCUUCGACCAAACUCCCCGCGGCGGCCACUUGAGCAACAGCGGUGGCAGUAGGUCUGAAUCGUCCAUUCCAUCUCGCGGAAGCGACCCUGAGCAAGGUUCCAUCCUGGGUCCCCGGCUACGUCUGGUCGUUGAAGCUGAGAGGGUGGAGACGGCUGAUCAGAGCGGCAACACUGUAGCCAAGCUCGUCCAGAAAGGAGUUGUGACCGCUAAUGAGUAUGCUGCUCUGGAGCUGGUCCGUUCUGUCAAGAGGACGACAGGAGAAGGGGUGGUUUGCUUGGAGGUCUGGUCAUACAACCUUGAUCGGUUCAACGCCGUUCAAAAGAACGAGACUCAAUCCCGCGUCUCUAAAAAUAAUGGCCGCGAUGAGAACAAUCUUCCAGCGGGUCUCGUUGUGCCUAAAAGGGCAGAGGGGAAAGGCGAUUGCCCUUUCUGUCCCGCAGGGAAACACCGUCUCAUCAACUGCAUCGUCAGAUGUCCAGAGGGUGUACUUUCGGGUUGCGCCAUUUGCAAUUCGCAAAGCCAUGGACCUGGCAAAUGUAACGCUUUCAAGAACAUGACCCUCAGGGACAAGGUGGAAUGGCUCGUUGUCAAACGAGCCAGGAAGUCUGCUUUGAGGACGGAAAAGCCUUGGUACUUGUGGCUGCAUGAUUGGUGCAAUAGCUCCUCGUACGACGAGGACCUCAUCAAGGGCUUCCCGUGGUCUGUUGACUUCACCAAAGCUACAAGCCGGAAGAAAGGUGGAAAGUACAUCAGAGCAACCCAGGAGAAGUAUGACGCCACCCACGACGGGCUCAACCUGCCAGUUGACCCCGCGACAGAAAACUUCCGGAUGGUCUGGAAGACUUACUGGGAACCACUUCGUCUCGCGUGGCCUUCCGUCUUUGGACAAAACGAAGAGGAUGAGGAGAUGAGUGAAUCCAGCGACGAGGAGAUCCUCGUCGGUUAA